UUUUCUGCCUUCUCUUCCAUUUCUGUCUUCUUUUCCCCCUUAUCUUCCAUUUUCUGCCUUCUCUUCCAUUUCUGUCUUCUUUUCCUAGUUCCCCUUAUCUUUGGCCUUGGCUUCUAUUCUCCCAACCAACACCAUAUUUGGGGUUCCUGUCUUUUUCCCGUUUCCCCUUAUUUACGGCCCAUAACUUUAUGUUAAAAAAAAUAUGAGUGAGUAUAAAGCCCUUAUUUUUCUCUGAGUUCAACCAUACGUUCUUCAGUCUCUCAAGUGUGAACAACCUUUUUGCGGCCUGUUUUGUCUUCCUGCAUUUGCAAUGGCUCCACCACGCCGAUCAGCUCAACCACCCCUGCCUCCUAGAGCAUCGGCCUUGGCUGUUCUUCGCAGACAGUACCGCCAAUUUCAGCUCUCCUCAAUUGCUGCUGAGUUUACUCAUUUUCUAGAACAGCUCUCCCGCCCAAGUGUCCCAGCUGAUGCCUUCGUGCCUCCUCGCAUUGCGCGGGGCUUUACAACGCGUGAUGGGAGUUCACAGACUUCCCCUGAUCUCAACCGUCGUCACGAAUGUUCCUGUUUUCCUGACACAGCACCGCAGUUCUCUCCCUAUCCUUCACACUGGUCUCCCACUGAUUAUACCCCUACAUCUCCCGUUCCGCCAAACCAGCGUGCUCCUGUGUCUUCACCCAUCCCUGGACCAAGCUACUCCUUUAUGUCUCCUGCCCAUGCUUCUGUGUCUUCACCUGGGCCUAGAUUCAGCUACUCCUUCAUGUCCCCUGCUGCUGCAGAACCCCACACACCCUGCUAUUUCAAUAAAGAUGCUUAAUCUCCCUCAAGUUUGUUUCCUGUCCUUCUUUGCCUAUUCCAUACACUCAUAUCAGUCAGAUUCUAUCCUACUCACACACGUAAAUACCUUAUUAAUAUUAUUAUCAAUACUUGAUGUAAAUAAAGGUUUGAUUAGCCUAUAGUUAAAAUAGGUUUUGUCAGACUACUUCUAUUGUAUUUAAUAAGUUCUAUAUUUAGUUAGGUUAGUUUAGUUUGAUUAAUA